AUGACGAAUCGUAUAGAAUGUACUCCACUAGACAUUGCUCUCGUCGAUGACAAGGUUGUCGCCGCUGUGACAACGGAUUCACUCACUUUGUUUUCAACGGAAUUUUCGACAAUGUUGGAAAAUCACAAAGCCGAAUCCGUUGAUCACGUGUAUACAGACGGAAAGAAUGUUCACAUGAUUGGGAAAGAACCGAUGUUAUUCACAAUUGAUGUCGAGAGUUCACGAGCAGACACACAGAAAAUUCUGGACGGAAUAGCCAGAAUCACAGGCUCGGAUUUUUCGCGGAAAGAAAAUAAACUUCUCAUCUGCUCGAAUGACUCCAAAUCGUCUGAAUGUUUUGCCGCCAUCUACGACGCCAACAAUCGAUGUGUAGUGUCAAAAUUUAAGACCACCGGAGAAGUCACUGCUGCAAACUAUCGAUCCAAUCAUUAUGAAAUUGUCAUUGCCGGAAAAGACGGGGUUUGGAGAUUAUAUGACGUGAGAGGAUCAUGGCAGAAUUAUGAGGCUGUGAUCACAAAUAUAACAGAUCUGCCUAAUCACAAGACAAGAUUUUUUCACAAAUAUGGAACAAAUGAGGAAUCCGGUCAUCACUGUGUGGACGUUUUGGACAACAAAAUCUUUGCAACAGGAUGCAAGUCUGGGAUUGUUGUCCAAUCAGCAGAAUUUAAUGUCCCAGACUUCGCGCAACACACAGGCCGAAUAAAGCAAGCCAUCCGGAUGCAGAAAAAAAGAUUGGCUGAUGAUGCAGAAUAUAAAGAGCAGGAACAGUUCAGGGUCCGAUGGGAAACCAACGCGAAGAAAACAGACGGUAUCAAUGUUUUUGAUAGUCAUCUGAGCGAGGAAAACUUUAUAAUCGGAGACAUUCUUGGAUCUGGCACAUUCGGGUCCGUCUUCAAAGCAACAUCCAAAAAUUCAGGAAAACCGUUUGCGUUGAAGGUGAUGACGAACAGAUGCAGUUUGUACACGGAAAAGUUCGUGGCCGAACGUGAACUGCUCAUCCAAAGAGAGAUGACCCACAAAAACAUUGUCCCAAUAAUCCGUGCAAGAUGUUUUGGAGAAAAAAAGGCGAUGUUGCUUUCGGUUGAUGAAAUGGCUUGGAUAACUGAAUGUGUUGCGUGUGGUCUUACAUACAUCCACAGACGGGGCAUUCUUCAUAGGGACUUGAAACCCCACAACAUGCUGUACAAUUACGGUGGACUUGUAAAAAUAUCGGAUUUCGGAAUAUCCACCGACAAAAGAGACGCCACCUACUGUGGAACUCCUGGAUACAUGGCACCGGAAAUCAUUUGUCGCCAAAAGCAAACUGCAGCUGUUGAUUGUUACUCCUUGGGUGUUACUCCAUCGAUGCAGCACCGGAAAAACGCCAUCCGAGUUGCAGGCACGUGUCAGACGAAGUAG